CCUGAGUGCUGCUAAUGGUGAAGUGAGGUAUCAAGUGACAAGCCUGCCAGGUCUGGGACCCUUUCCAGAUUUGGUAACCAGGGUAGGGCUUUUCGCUAAGCGAGACCGGCGCGGCUCUGCGCGGUUGGCCACACCAAAAAAAGUUCCACCCAUUAUUGAAGAGUCGUUUUGAGAUCUGACCAGCAACCACCCACGACGACGACGACAAUCCCGGCCUUGAUCACCGUCCGUCACAAUGGCGAUCAAGCACAACAACCAGAUUCUCAACCAGCACUUCCGCAAGGACUGGCAGCGUCGUGUGCGCGUGCACUUCGACCAGCCUGGCCGCAAGCACCGCCGUCGUGAGGCCCGUCUUGCAAAGGCCGCCGCUGUUGCUCCUCGUCCGGUUGACAAGCUGCGUCCCGUUGUGCGUUGCCCUACCGUCAAGUACAACCGCCGUGUCCGUGCCGGUCGUGGAUUCACUCUCGCUGAGCUGAAGGAAGCCGGAAUCCCCAAGAAGCUCGCUUCUACUAUCGGUAUUGCUGUUGACCACCGCCGUGUCAACUACUCCAAGGAGUCGCUGGUCGCCAAUGUUGAUCGCCUCAAGGACUACAAGGCCCGCUUGAUCCUCUUCCCCCGCAAGAGUGGUCAGUUCAAGAAGCUUGACUCUUCUGCUGAAGAGGUCAGCGCUGCCAAGGCUGCCUUCGCCGCUGAGGGCAAGACUGAGGGCUAUGCCACUCGCGCCAAUGCUACCCUUCCCAUCAAGAACCUCGCUGCUGAGGAAGCUGUCACUGAGGUCAAGCGUGAUGACCUGCCCAAGGGUGAGGAGGCUGCCUACCGCCGCUUGCGUGAGGCCCGCAGUGAGGCCCGCCACAAGGGUAUCCGGGAGAAGCGUGCUAGGGCUAAGGCCGAGGAGGAAUCCGCCGCCAAGAAAUAAAUGUGAUUCACAGUUAAUGAUGAUCGGGUCUAUUUUCAAGUCGGGGAUUAGUGUACUGUGGCAUGGCGUGGCGCCCCUUUUCUCAAUUUACCUUUGUCCUUAAAAAGCUCCGAACCUUCCGAAAUGCAAAUGCCCAAAUUUUCACGUUUCAAAGAAGGGCCCACUCCGAGUUAGGAAUGUAUGCUAUGAAGCUGCAUCUUGGUCCAUCAGAGUCUGGUCGCUGGGUUCGUAUCGAACGACAUCCUUCGCGGUUCUUCGUUCAAUUGCACCGGUGGCCUAGUCCUCGUUUG